AUGUUUGCAAGACUCUCCUGUACGAGAAAGAGAAAAGUUAAAGUAUGGUUUCAACGCGACCAAAAUGUUCCAACGAAAAUCAAAAUAGAUUCUGAUUCAGAUAUCGAUGAUUUAAAACAAGACAUUUUUGGUACAACUGAAAAAGAACAAUAUCAGACGACAUACAAGGACAAAACAUUGAAAUUAUGGACGAAAGUUCCAAAGAAAGCAACUCGUGAUAAGCCAAUUGUAUUUACUAGAAUUGUUGAUAUACCAUCUCAAAAAUCUCAAGAAUUUGCAGCACUCGGCACGGGCAAGGGACUUAGUUGUAUAGGUCGUCCUUGUGCCAAGUGCCACAAGUGUCGUGACUGGCAUUUUACUGGUGAUCAAGGUACGUGGAAUUGGGUCUGCAGUUGGAAAAAUUGGACACAAGCGGACAAGGAUCGUUUCAACGAUGGUGAUUAUAAGCUUUUUUUGAAGCGUGAUGGUGCAACCUGUUCUCUUUAUAAUAAUUCUGAUAAUCUUCUUCCUUAUCGUGCUGAUGAUGAUCGUGUUCGUCGUCUUCGUAGUUACGAUGAUGAUCGUCGUUUUGUUGGUCUUCUUCUUGAUCUUGGUCUUGGUGAUCCUCAUAUUUUUGAUAGAACUGAUAUAGGACAAUAUCAGACGACGUACAAAGGCAAAGCAUUGACACCAUCGGCGAAAGUUCCACAGGAUACAACCGAUGAUAUGCCAAUUGUAUUUAUUAAAAUUGUUAAUACACUAUCUCUAGGUACAUCACAACUACCUCAAUCCAAGUUUGUUUCUAAUGUACCAGAGUCAAAAUCAGAGCCGUGGACAUGGAGACUGAUGGAAUGGGGUCAGACGCAAUAUUCGCUGAUGAAAUCAAAACCUCAAGAAUUUGCUGCACCUGGCACGUGCAAGAAACUUAUUUGUGAAGGUCGUCCUUGUGCCAAGUGUCACAAGUGUCGUGAUUGGCAUUUUAUUAGUGACCAAGGCAUGUGGAAUUGGAUCUUGAAUUACAAAAAUUGGACAGGCCAGGAUUACGAUCGUUGGCGCAAUGGUGGUUCUAAGCUUUUUACGAGACGUGAUGGUGCAACUUGUGCUUGUGUUGAUGCUGAUCUUCGUGAUUCUGCUUCUUAUAUUAAUCACGUAUGUCUCUGUGACAAACACUAA